CAAGAUUCUGGACCAGAAGAUGAUGAACCAAUCUCUGAAGAUGAAAAGAAAAAAAAAUAGAUGAAAAAAAGAAAAUGAAAGCCUUUAAUGUUGCGCAGGAACUUAUGACAUCUGAAAAAGUGUUUGUUGGGAUACUGGAACUUAUGAAUCUACAUUUUCGAAGCGCUGUUAAUGCAGCUAACAGUCGAGCAUCCAAGAAAAUCAUCUCUCAAGAAGAUUUGAAUCAGAUCUUGUAUUACCUUCCACAAUUAACAGAAAUUAACCAAGAUUUAUUGUCAAAGUUGCAGGAUAGAAUUGAAAAGUGGGAGACAUGCCCAAAGAUAUCUGACAUCAUACUAGGUUUGUGUCCCUUCCUCAAGUUAUAUUCAACUACAUACAUCAAGGAAUUUGACAGAAUGACUUCAACUUUGGAAGAACAAUGCAAGAAGUCACCACAAUUCGCUACUGUUGUGAAAGAGUUUGAGAGGAGUGAGAUGUGUGGUAAACUGCAGCUAAGACACCAUAUGUUGAAACCAAUACAGAGGAUACCACAAUAUAAAUUACUUUUACAGGAUUACAUAAAGUACCUAGAUGAUGAUUCCCAAGAAUAUACAGAUAGUAAACGUGCACUCAAACUUGUUAGUGAAAUUGCCAGUCAUUGCAAUAAUAGUAUGAAACAAAUG